AUGGCUCAUGAUCACGAAGAGUUGCCAUCAAGUAACCUAAAACAGCUGACAAUUGACGCUAGGAGACUUGGUGCAGAUAUCAUUUUGGGCUGCGACGCAAAUGCUCACCAUGAAAUAUGGGGUAGCUCAAACACGAAUGAACGUGGUGAGUUACUUUUCGAUUUUAUUUUUAGUAAUAAUCUUUUUAUAUGUAAUGACGGUAAUAGGCCGACUUUUGUUACCAAAAACAGGCAGGAGGUUCUAGACAUUACCGUGACUACUGCCAAAAUUCAUGGGUCUAUAAGAAAAUGGAAAGUGUCCACUAGACACUCUUUUUCAGACCAUAUGAUUUUAGAAUUUUCUAUACACUUAAAGAAAUCAAGUACCCCCAGUUUAGAAACUUUCAGAAAUGUCAGGAAUACAAACUGGACAAAGUACAAAUCCUCUAUAAAUGAGCUGUUGACAAACACUACUCUUUAUCCGCCAGAGAAUAUAAAUGAUCUGGACGAGCAGGUAGGAGAUCUUACCUCAAUACUUAAUGAAGCUUUUAACCUUGCCUGUCCUUCAACUCGACCUAGUAGGAAAUGUAACCCACCCUGGUGGAAUAGAAACUUAGGUCAAUUGAGGAAAGAAUGCAGGAGAUUUUUUAAUAGGGCAAAGCUUAAUAGAAAUGAGAGUGACUGGUCUGAAUACAAGAUCUCUCUGCAGAAUUAUAAGAAAGAACUACGUAAGUCUAAGAGGACUAGUUGGCAAUCAUAUUGUCAAGAGAUUAGUAGGGACUCUGAAACCUCUAGACUACGCAAAAUCCUAUCUAAAAAUCCAUCUGUCCCUGAGUUGCUAAGAAAACCGGAUGGGACUUGGUCAAAUAACAGUAGGGAGUCACUAGAUUUAUUACUAGAUACCCACUUUCCUGGAUCCUUUGCUUCGACGGAAUCCUCAGAAUGUUUAAACUACGCACCGGUAAACUCUAUCAAGUUAAACCUACAAACUCUAAAAUGGGCCAUUUUUAGCUUUAAGCCAUAUAAAUCACCAGGACCGGAUAGUAUUCAUCCUAUUGAGCUGCAAAACUCUUGGGAUCAAAUACAAAACUGGCUUCUGACCAUUUUUAAAUAUUGUCUCAUUUUUAAUUAUGUUCCAACUCAAUGGAGAAAGGUUAGAGUUGUCUUUAUUCCUAAGGCGGGUAAAACCUCUCAUAGUAACCCUAAUGAACUCCGUCCAAUUAGUCUUUCAUCUUUCAUGCUGAAAGCUUUAGAAAGAAUUAUAGACUUUGAAAUAAGGCGCGUUAUAGAUCCCAAUCUUUGGUCACCGACACAACACGCCUACACUAAGGGUAAAUCCACAGAGAGAGCACUCCAUGCCCUCACCUGUACUAUUGAAAAAACUCUUAAAGUAAAGGAAUUUUGUAUAGUGGCUUUCGUAGAUAUUGAAGGAGCUUUUAACAAUAUUCUUCCCAGUGCAAUAGCUAACGCACUCUCGCGUCUGGGUGUUGAGGAUGCGCUUAUCAGCUUUAUCGGUCAGUUAUUAACUGGCAGAAUUAUUGAAGCACAAAUGGGUGUAUCAGCAACACACAGACGGGUAAAUAGAGGCUGGGAUGAUUGGAGUGAUUUCACGCUUUGUAGCGUUACAUGCGGUAAAGGUGUGCAGCAGCGAUUUCGACGUUGUCUCCUGGAUAAUCCAAUGAUGAACUUAAACAUGAAUAUGAAUUUAAACGCAGUUGUUGAUGAUGAUGAUGACGACGAUGUUGUUAUUGAUGGUGAUGUUGAAGCUGAUGAAGUGGCCCGUGAUGCUUAUGCUACACAAAAUGGUAUUAUCAAUGAAAUGGAGACAGAAAUUGACUUUACGCAAAUGGAAAGUGACAAAAGUGUUGUCAAUGUGCCGACAACAAAAGAUGCACAAACUGAUAUUGAAAUUAUAGCAGCAAACGAUGCUGACAGCAGCAAUACUUUGCAGCUGCAUGGCAUGAAGGAAAUUAAAAUUGUUCCCACUAUUAAUGCAAUUGAUAACAUGAGUGAUGUCGCUUUGUUGUCACAACAGCAGACGUACCGAAGUACAACGAAUAACAGCAACAAUAAUUCUCCAGUUGCUGUGAGUGAUGUUAAUAAUGAAGAUACUGAACAUAAUAUGCUGUAUGUUGUUGCAAAUAAGUUAAAUGAGUUUAAUGAAAACUUACAAUACGCAAAUUCAAAAACUUUGACCACAUCAGCGAAAAAUAUUAAUAAAAAAAAUCAAUUGCAAGGAAAAAAAUCUGAGAAAGACUUUCAGAAGCCAUCCAAGAAGCACCGCAGCAGAAAGUCAACAAAAACUUUCUCGACUUUAUUCUGCGAAGGUUACAAUAUCGAACAACGGAAUUGCAACACUUUUGAAUGCCGUGAUGACAUAAACGACUUAUUAAAAUUUUAUAAAAAGUUUCCAAUGUUCGAUGACAUAAGCGCUGCGACAAUGCCAUUGGCAACUGAUAUCAAUACAUCCACAACAAUUGCUGCAGCUUCAAUUGGAGCAGCUGCAAUGUCUACCGAUACAGUUGUAGCGACAGCAACAACAACCUCGAGCAUUGGCUUCGGUACUAUUAAUGCUGCUGUUAGUUUAAAUGCCAUGCCGUCAUCAACACCUUCCAAUAUGGGAUAUGUCAAGAGUUGGCACAAUGCAUUAAAUUUCACGCUCAUGACCACACUAAGGGCUAAGAACGACAGCAAGACCACAGCAACAAUUUUUUCCAUACGCAACACAACACACAAUUUAUACUUGGAGUCGUGCAAGGACGGUUUGCGUCUAUAUUUGGAACGUGAUAACACCACCGAAAUGCUACCUGUGAAAUUCAAUUUAUACGAUUAUCGCUGGCAUCAAGUAGCCAUCAGCAUACAAAAUGGAGAUUUUAUUUCAGUUUUCGUCGACUGCUCCUGGACAAAUGUUUUUGUUAUUAUUUUGACCGUAAAAACGGUCUCAAAUUUUGUUCUGGAUCCAUGGGAAGGAGAGGCGAAAACACCAAUACCAUUUAUAGUAUCACUUGAUCAAAUUAAAAAAGAUAUAUGGAAGCAUCAUUGUACCGGUUCUAUAAUACAUACACAUGUUGUUCUAACGGCAGCACAUUGUUUCAUUGAAUAUAAACUUCCUACUGACUUUACCAUAUUUUCUGGGUCAAAUGUAUGGAAUGUAGACGGAGAACGUCGUGAAGUUGCUGAUAUAAAAGUAAAUGAAAAUUAUGUCUUCGGAGAAUUAUUUGGCAAUGAUAUAGCUUUGGUAAAAGUCAAGGUGGGAUUUAAGUUUGAUAAUAUAAGAACCAGCAAAAUUGCAUUAAAUGGUUUUGCAAGAAUUGGAGAGAAUGUGAAGACGUACUUAUUAGGUUGGGGAUACACCAAGGAAUUGGAGGUGAUGCCAUUUAAAACUCAGAAGAAUAUGGAUUGUCGAGAUAUACUUUAUUUUGAUUCAAUAACUUAUACUGAUAUGUGUGCAUGGAGUAUGGGCAAACGUGGUGGUUGUCAUGGUGACUCAGGCGGACCAUUGGUUAAUGCUGACCUUAACACCCAAAUUGGGUUAUUAUCUUAUACUGUGGGAUCUUGUUUUUCAAAUCGGCCAUAUGCAUUUACGCGAGUGUAUUUAUUCAUAGACUGGAUAGAAGAGAACAUAUAUAAAAUGAUGAACAGUAAUGAUAUGUGAUGUUGUUUUUAAACUGAUAUAAAAUAUACGAUUUACUA